GUGGACAAGUUCAGGGAGCUGUUCAUAUUCUGCGUGCACGUCUUGAGCGGCCAGCCCGCCAGAGGAACCGAGAUCACCAGUCUGCGCUUCCGCAACGGAGUGGCCAACCACCGCAACGUCUUCGUCUUGGACGGCAGAGUGAUGACGGUGACGAGCUACCACAAGUCACAAGCAAUGCUCGACAUGCCCAAGAUGGUGCCACGCUUCUUGCCGUGGAAACUGGGUCAGAUCGCGGUCAUCUAUCUCACCCACGUGCGGGCGUUCGCCGAGUUGCUGUCGGUGCAGGUACAGUACGGUCAAGGAUGGAGUGACUACAUCUGGGCGGACUCGCACGGCCCGUGGGAGACGCAGAAGCUCACCGACACGAUGAAACGAGAGACGGCCAAACGACUGAAGGCCAAGCUACACACCCAGAACUACAGACACGCCGCCGUCUUUCUAGGCAGGAGAUUCGUCGGACCGAGGUUCGCCAAAGGCUACCGAGAGGAGGCCGAAGAUCCGGAAGAAGCCCAGGCGGGUGAUAUGGAUGACGAUCUCGAGGAGGGCAACGCGAUCGAGCUACAGAAAGCCGGCGGCUUCGGCACCGGAGCCGGCAGAUACGCGGUCAGAGCGGACAUCUUGAAGUAUCUCAACCAAGAGUCGAUCGACAUCUUCGGCGAUCUCAGCGAAAGCUGGCACAGGUUUUUCGAGCUCGACCACAGAGAUCCGAAGAGGAAAAGAAAGGCCGAGAGCAGCAGCAACAAAGACGAUGGGAUGCAAACCGUCGACUUUGAAGGAUUGCAGAAAGAGAGAUUGAUCAAGAGACUGCCCGCGGCAAAAGGAGGAGCUGUUACUGUUGCCGCCACUCCGACGACAGUAGAUCUCUCACCGUUCUUACAACAAUCCGAAAGGCAGCAGAAGGAGAUCGAAGACUUGCGGAUGAAGCUCAAGGCACAAGAAUUCGAACUGACAAGACUUCGAGGAGAGGAGCUGCAGCAGGGACGACAGCAACCCAUGACCCCCAUCGAAAAGGAGAGGGCUAUACGCAAAGCACUCAAGAAACCAAUGGACGACGACGCGGUGACGAUCAGAUACAGAUCGAAAGCACAAGGAGAAGCGCUCGGGAGAAUCAUGGACGGUGGGUUCAACGUUCUCACCGUCGUUCUGCCGACAGCCGGAGGCAAGACUCUACUCUUCACCGCACCCGCUUGUCUGGAAGAAGACGUCGGGGUGACCAUCGUGGUGGUACCGUUCCGCAAGCUCAUCGACGAGACGGUGCGAGAAGCACAAAAGACGGUGGGUGACUGUGAAGAAUGGAGUCACAGCACCGUCGAUCCAGCAGCUCUCGUGGUCGUCAGCGUGGACAAGAUGCACGAUCACUUCUGGUCGUACGCACGGCAGAUGGCGGAGCAGGGCCGACUGAGACGAGUGGUGGUGGACGAGUGCCACUUGCUGGUGACUUCGCACAGCUGGAGACCGCAUCUCGUGGAGCUGGAGAAGCUCAAGUCACUAGGAGUACCGAUGGUGAUGCUGACGGCCACACUCCCAAGGUACAUGGAGGUCGAGCUACGACGAAGUCUAGGUAUCGGCAUCGGAAUGAUGUCGCUCAUACGAGCAUGCACGGUGAGGGAGAACAUCACUUACACCGUCAGACAGGACAUCGGCAAAGGCAAGCUGGUCGAAGAGACGGCCAGAGUGUGCGAAGAGGUCGCCGACGAGCUACGGAGCACCAGGAAAGAGAAGGCCGUCGUCUACUGCCGAAGCAAGAAAGACUGCGAGGAGAUGGCGGAAAAGCUAGGCUGCGGCUUCUUCUACGCCGGACACGUCGACGGCGGGGAAACGCUAGAGCAGUGGAAGGCGAACGGCGGCUUC